AUGCCUCAAUCACGUCUUUUCAAGCCUCUCCAGAUAGGCGAUGUAGAAGUCAAGCAUCGCAUCGGGAUGGCUCCACUCACUCGCUUCCGAGCAACCGAAGAUCGAGUCCCGACACCCUUGAUGAAGGAAUACUACAGCCAACGGGCCGCUGUGCCUGGCACCUUGAUCAUCACCGAAGGGACUUUUAUAUCAGCAACAUGUGGCGGCUUCCCACACGCACCAGGAAUUUUCCGCGAAGACCAAGUCGCUGCGUGGCGAACCAUCACCGAUGAAGUCCAUCGCAAAGGAUGUUACAUAUUUUGCCAGCUAUUUGCAAUGGGCCGCGCUGCGGAUGUCGAAGUGGCCCGAAAAGAAGGUGUCGCUAUUUUAGCACCUAGUGCUAUUCCGAUGGAAGAAGGCGCUGCGAUACCACAAGCUAUGACAAUCCAGGAUAUCAAACAGACUGCCCAGGAUUUUGUGGAUGCCUCGAGGAACGCUAUCCGGGCGGGAUUCGACGGCGUCGAAAUCCAUGGUGCCAAUGGCUAUCUCCUCGAUCAGUUUAUCCAGGAUGUCAGCAACAAUCGCAACGAUGAGUACGGUGGUAGCGUGGAAAACAGGUCUCGCCUCCUCAAUGACGUGAUUGAAUCCGUCGUCAAUGCCAUCGGUUCUGAACGUGUCGGCCUCCGUCUGAGUCCCUGGAGUAAGUUUCAGGGCAUGAGAAUGAAAGAUCCAGUCCCGCAGUUCACGGAUGUUAUCAACAAAGCGAGUCGGUCAGAAAUCGCCUAUCUUCACCUCGUGGAGUCGCGCAUAUCUGGUUCCAUGGACUCCGAUGGUCAUGACCGACUGGACUUUGCAUACAAUAUCUGGAAUGGAGUUCUCCUUGUUGCUGGCGGAUAUACUCCAAACGAGGCACAGAGGCUCGUGGAUGAGAAGUACCCGGACAAGGAUAUUAUGGUCAUAUUUGGCCGAUACUUUAUUUCGAACCCAGACCUCGUGUACAGAAUGAGGGAAGACCUGAAGCUCAACGCGUAUAACAGGGAAACUUUUUAUGUCAAAUCAGCGAUGGGGUAUUUGGAUUACCCGUUCAGUAAGCAAUAUUUGGCAGGCAAAAUGGUCUAG